AUGGCAUCUUCUACCUUCGUGCUUUACCAUUAUACCCCUACCCUGAUCGGUGCGGUGGUGUUCGCUGUGUUAUUUUUCUUGACCACGGCCUUCCACCUUUACCAACGAAUCCGAGCGCAUGCUAAAUACUUCAACCCGUUCAUUGUCGGAGGAAUAUUCCAGAUUAUCGGCUAUGCAGCUCGUGCCGUCUCUCAUUUCCAUACAACAGCGACCACGCUAUAUGCCAUGCAGACCCUAUUUAUUCUGUUGGCACCGACCCUCUAUGCGGCAUCCAUCUAUAUGGUUCUAGGAAGAAUUAUCACAUCCCUAAAAGGAGAACAUUUGAGCUAUGUGCCUGUUCGAUUCAUGACCAAAAUCUUCGUCAUGGGAGAUGUGCUCUCCUUCGUCCUUCAAGGUGCAGGUGGUGGCGUCAUGAGUAGCAGUGGAUCUGCAAACCUCCUGGUGGUAGGCCAGUGGAUCAUUGUCGGGGGUCUCUGCGUCCAACUCGUCUUCUUCGGUGCUUUCUUGAUUACCUCUAUCAUAUUCAACUGCCGAAUUAUCCGAUCACCCACAGAAGAAUCCCAAAUCUCGGUUGCCAGUGGGUUGAUCCCGCGGGACUGGCGAGGACUUCUCUUCGCACUAUAUACUGUUAGUGUGUUGAUCUUGAUUCGAUCCAUUUACCGUGUCGUCGAGUUCGUUCAAGGAAACAACGGUUAUGUGAUUGGCCAUGAAGUUUUUCUCUACGUGUUUGACGCCUCAAUGAUGUUCUUGGUCAUGAUAGUGAUGAAUGUCUUCCAUCCAUCCGUUGUUUUGCGAUCAAACAACACCCCAGGCACAAAAGAACCACAGGGCUCACCAGCCGAAAGCAAACUCACUUCUGCCGAGCUGCAAUGCUAG